AUGAUUGUUUCUUUUCUUUACAGGGCUUCUUUUGCCUUUUGGGUAGUUACUAUCAUUCUGAUGUGUUCCGUUGUCUUCUUCGGUUCUAUAAUGUUUAUCAUUUCUGGACUGACUAUGUGCAUAACAGUGCUAGUUUAUCAUUUGCUUCAACCAAUUUAUCCUUUCAUGGUUCCAUUCGACAAGCAAAUUCUUCACUUACAUUACAGUUGGUGCUUCUGGCUACUUGUUGCCACAGGAAUUAUAACAACCAUCCUGGGAAUUAUCGUCCUUGUUUUCAAUUACAUAAAACCGAAAGAAACAGCAAAUUUUUUCGGUUUAGAAAAUGAAUUCCCUGACGAAGCAGACGACAUUUCUUAUAACAUGGAAAAUGCACUUGACGUGAACAAAGCUGCUGAUUGUCCUUUUCCGCCAUACUGUUAUUCCAAUCCAUGUUUCAAUGUAAGCCACGGCACCGAACCGUUGAAAAGCAAAGAGAGCUCCCUUCUUGAGUUAAACGCUGAUACAAAUGGGGUAAACACGGACGGCAAUGACUCCCAUUACAUCUCUUCACUUGACCGGAGUUUUUUUCGCCCAGGUCUCUGUUUUUUUUGUUUUGUUUUUUACUAUGAUGCUUUCUCAUUCGCUAUUACACCUACCUUCAUAUCUCUCUUUUCUCUGUUUAUAAUAUCUAAUUUCUCUUCUCCUCCCUCACUCUUCUCUCUCUUUAUCUAUCUUCACUCUAAUCCUCUUUUCAUCAUUUUAUUUUUACACAAUACUCGUGUUUUUUUUCUCCUCACAAUCUCCCUUCUGACUACACUCUUUCUCUCUACCCUGUUCAUAACUAUCUUAUUUACGAUAUUUUAUACCACUUUUCUCUGCUCUAAAUAUCUUUUUUUCUUUCUCACCCUUCCUACCUCCACUUCUAUCCUUCCGUUCAUAUUUUUAUCUUUUUUUUAUGUUUUUCCUCAUUAUCUCCCUUUCUAUUUCUCUCUCUUUCUCUUCACCCUAUGUUUUUGUCUCUUUCUUCACUCUUCCUACUUCUCACUAUCUCUUUUUACAUCGUUUAUAUUGUCUUUUCUCUCUCCCCACUCCCUUCCUAACUCUUACUGCCUUCUCCCUUUCUCUCUUCCUUUUACUCUGUUCAUAUUUUUAUUUGUAUUUCUUUAUCUCCUUCCUUCCUAUCUCUUUAUGUUCAUAUUUUUAUUUUUUUUCCGUCUUUUCCUAUUUCUCUCUCCAACUCACUUUAUCUCUCCGUCUUUAUCCCGUUCAUAUUUAUUAACCAAAUGCUUACCUAUCUCUCUCCUCUCCCCGACCUCUACUCUUUUCAUUUUUCCUUUAAUAACUUCCUUCGAAUACUUUAACUCAUUUCUCUUUAAAUGCCCAUUUCCGUAA